AAGGGACACAAAUCCUAAUCACGUCACUCGCACACGGUUUUCGCGCAUCCAUUCUCCGUCUCCGAUCUUCAAAAGCUUAAAGAACCCUAACCCUAACCUUCAAAAUUUCCCAAUUUCCAUCACUCAAAUCAAUUGCUUGUGGAAAGACUAACCCUAAUUUAUUCUAAACCAUCAUGCUACUCUCUCCAGGACACUCACCACGCCACCUUUCAUCUCCGUCACCAUAUUCAAAUUCCGAAAAUACCCUCCAGAUCUCCAGCAAUUCCUCCUCGAUCAACAACACCCCGAUAAACCCUAGUAAACACCCCACAGUUCUUGACGAGGACACCUAUGUGGCCACCAUCGAGAAAAUCAUCGAGCGCGACUUCUUCCCUGAUAUCUCGAAGCUACGUGACCGUCUUGAUUGGCUCGAAGCUAUGAAAUCGGGCGAUCCGAUCCAAAUUCGAGAUGCCCAGUUGAAGAUUAUGGAGCGCCGUGGCAAAAAGGUAAACAAUCCCAGCUCCGACGGCAGCUUUCGGAGUAGAAAUCGAACCCAAACCCCAGGUUCUACUUUUAUGCGUAGUCUUACUCCAUUUGAUGAAUUUGAUAGCAGGAUUCAAACACCUGGCGUUGUUAUGGAUAGGGGAUUAUCUAGUAAUGCAGAGUCUAAUGAGAAUGAAGUUGCUGUUGAUAAGAAUUUGAGUUUAGACGAAUUUUUUAGGAGAUAUACGAGUGAGGAUAACGAUAGCUUUUCAAAGAUAUUAGAGAAAGUGAAUAGGAAAAGGAAGGAGAGAUAUGAGCAUUUGUUAGAAGGUGAAAAGGAGGAUGUUAAAUUCAUUGGGGAUGCGAAGAGGGAUAGGAUUACAGAUGGUUUUGGAACUUCUGAUCAGCCACCGAGCACAUUGGAAGGAUGGAAGUACACAGCGAAGAAUUUGCUGAUGUAUCAUCCGGCUGAUAGGGGUGAGGCUCCAUUGACUGAGGAGGAACAGGCUGUUAGAUUGAAGGGUUUGACUAAAGAAAUCAAUAGGUCCAGCACACGUUUUCAUGGUAAGAUGUUGGAUACUAGGCCAAGAGAUGAUGGUGUUGUUGAGGUGCUUUAUACUCCUGUAGCUGGGGCUACUCCACUUCCUAUGUAUGAUAGGGACGGGGAUAAGGCAAAGAAGUAUGAUUUGGAGGAUUUGAGGAGGACACCAGAUAGGUUUUAUGUGGAAUCAGGGAAGAAGGCAGAUGAUGGGUAUAGUUUUGUUAGGACACCAUCACCGGCUCCUGGAGUUGAUGAGUCGCCAUUUAUUACUUGGGGUGAGAUUGAAGGGACACCAAUGAGGUUGGAACCUGAGGAUACCCCGAUUGAUAUUGGUGGUAGUGGCAAUGGGCCGCAUUUUAAAAUCCCUAAUCCACCUGCACGGGAUGUGAAGGCCCAUUCAUUGUCGAGGGAGGCUUCGCGAAGGUUGAGGGAGAAGUCAAAGAUGUUUCAAAAGCCACCGCUGCCCUCUCCAAGUAGAGGGGGGAGCGCUAGUCCAAGUGUGCGGACGCUCUCUCCUGCUGCACAGAAGUUUGUGAGGAAUGCAAUUUCCAGGUCUUCAUCCUCUGUAGAUGAAACCCUCCGUGCCAGUUAUAGAGGGGCAAGUCCAGGAGUUGGUACUCCUAAGAGUGGAAGGAGUAUCUCGAGGUUUGGAAGAGAUGGGAGCAUAAGUUCCAGGUCACCUUCUGUAAGGGAGAAUUCUAAUCCUCCUUGGUAAACUGUAAUCUUUUCAAUAGUGUUAUAUUCUGCCAAGCAUUUGUUUAAUGGCAGCAUUUAUUAGCUAUAAAUGAUGCCUUUUGUUUUUAAGGAACCAUGUACCAUCGCCUUUGUUUUCUUUUUUCCUCUGUUUCUAUAUAACUUGUGGGUUUAAUGAAAAGAAGAAAUUAUGAAGGA